UACUUGUACAGGUAGAAGAACUGAGUCACAUUUUGCUGACAGCUCUGGAGGCAGCUAAUACAGACACACCUGUACUUAGGAAAACAAGAUCUGAAUUUUAGCACAGAGAGCUUCUAAACCCACAAAGCACAGGUUUAUCAUAAUCCAAUAGGUGUGGAUAAAGACUGUUUGCAACAAUGACAUCUGUACAGACAAAGAAAGGAGGGAAAGGCACCACGGAACGAGAACGGCAAACUAUUCUAAAAGAGAUGAAAGUGCGGACAAAGCUGAAGACAGACAUGAGUUGGAUUAAUCAAGGCUCUGAGGAUGAUAAAGAUGAAGUCACCAGCCCAAUAUCUCCACAGCUGAAGGCACUCGAAGGCAGAAAACUCUUGUGGUCUCCAACCCCAGAAUCUGAGUCUAACAGAAACUCUGGAAUAUUUACAGCUAAAGAGAUCAUCACAAGCUCCUCUUCUCCACCUGUUCAGUCAAUCAACAGUCGAUUCUCAUACACCUCCAAUGAAACCAAUACAACACCGUCCAUAUCCUCUAAGACAUCACCACCACCAUCAACAACAGGCAACAAGCAGUUUCAUCGCUUCAGUAUUUCUGAUAUCCUAUUACAUGGUCCUGACACGCCAGUAAGUGUGGUAUCCUGGUACUCAGUUCUGCCACUCCAGUACGCCUGGUACCCCGUUUUGCAGGUCUACCGCUUCAGUACACCUGAUAUCUUGGUACCUAUCCACUGCUCCAAUCUCGUUGGGCCAACAACCUCAUACAUCAUAAGGACUGAACAAGCAAGCAGUGUGUUGAGGAACACAACAACUAAGGAUCGCUCAUAUGUUAUAUCAGCAGCGAAAAGGAAUAGUGGAGUUGUCACACACGAUUCACCAUCACCUUUUGUGGCGAAAAGGGUUGAAAUACAAGAUGAAGAGACAGGUACCAACAGGAAGAGUCAGACUCUCCCCAAAACCCUGUCAUCGUUUCUCGCUGAUGAUGCCAACAGGGUUGAAAUACAAGAUGAAGAGACAGGUACCAACAGGAAGAGUCAGACUCUCCCCAAAACCCUGUCAUCGUUUCUCGCUGAUGAUGCCAACAGGUAUGAAAACAACUGGACAGAAACACAACCUAAGCAGACCCCACCUCAGCCAUCUCAACCCAGGGUGACAGAGAGAAGCAGCAGCCCCAGGAUGACCUCAUAUUCUAUGACUAGCAGUGCUGAUGGCAGGAGUUCCCCUUUAAAACCUGAAACUGGGAAGAUCACAGUGGUCAGAGAUGAGAGCCGCAAUGAAAGCAAAGACGUUUCCAAACCACCAACAGAGAAAGAGAGCUCUACAACUGUGCAAACCACCCGAACUCAGAGAGUGACAGAGAGAAGCAGCAGCCCCAGACUGACCUCCUAUUCUAUGAGCAGCAGCAUUGAUGGCAGAAGUUCCCCAGUAAAACCUGAAGCUGGAAGGGUCACAGUAGUCAGAGAUGGAGGGGUGGAGGUCAAAGACAAGAAGGAUGAAUCUCCGCCGAAAUCUCUGGACUCAUACCUGUAUGAGGAUGCCAGCAGGUUUGAAAAUAAGUGGAAAACAAAUCAAACAAUACAGCCAACAUCCCAGACAUCACCGGCACGUGUAUCAGACCGUCCAGAAAGCCCUAAGCUGUCAUCCUGGAAUACACAGACAAAGACCUCCACCAUCAAUCCUGAACCUGGAAAGAUAACCGUUCUGAGACAGGAAAGUGAGAAAACAACACCCAAACCUACCGAAAACAGAGCAACCACCAGGACUGUCACCACCACAGUUGAAAGUGGAAACAUUAACCCCGACAUGCCAAAGCUGACAUCAUACAGUGAUAUCACGGAGACAAAAAGCUCAAGUAUACAAGCGGGACCUGGGAAGAUAACAGUCCUUAGAGAAGAAAGUAACAAGGAGCCCCCAAAAGUGACAACACAAGUCACUACCACUACAAGGACAGUUGAUCCCAAAGUUGAAAGUAACAAAGAUAGUCCAGACAUUCCAAAACUGACAUCUUCCAGCAUCUCCAGAACUCUCACAGAGAAUCCAACACCCAUAAUGCAGGUUGGACCUGGAAAAAUCACUAUAAUCAGAGAGGAUAGCACACCUCCUAAACCUGUCCCUCGAACAGAAACAAAGCUAAAAGACACCUCAAGUGAUAAGAAAAGUGAUCUGAUCAGCUGGACUGAUUUGGACAACAGAUCUGACAACAGAUUUCCAAAAGAGAAACCAGCAACAGCCCCAACACCAGUUGCCCGUAACAUUAAUAAAGCGAGCGAGAAACCUGCAAAUGAAGCUCCCUUGAUUGUGAUCUCUCCAGAAUUUGACGAGAAGAGGCCUGCUCAGCCCUCCAGAACUGAGUCUAUCAGCACAGAGACAAGAUACAGAGUUUCAGAGUCCUUGGAUGACUCUCAGCCGAUUCCCAGCAGCAAUAGGUAAGAAGUAUCAACUUCAGGGGACAGAAAUGUCAAGAUAACAAUAGAGACAUUAUCUGAGCAACCACAAUCAACUGAAACCACCCAGACAGAGAGAAGCAGCUCUCCAAG